UCUCUUGCUGGCACACUCCUGUAAGGAAGUCCUCCUGUAACUCUGCUUGUCCUCACUGGAGCAUAAGUUCGCUCCCACGGAUGAGGGGCCGUGUGUGCUUCCGAAACGGCUGUUGACACCCCUGGGUCCGGUCCAGGACCAGAAUCGGGUUGCUCAUUGUUAGCACUUGCUUUUGGGAGUUCAGGACACCGGAUGGUGAGAGUGUGAAGUCACAAUCAAGAAAAUCCUCUGGGGAAGAAACAGUCAGGACAACUGCUACAAGGAACCAGGAUGAAGAACAGAAGGGCGGAAGAGGACAACCACACCCUCAUUGCUAUGGAGGUGCCAGCAGAGCAGAGCUAUGGCAGCAUAGAAGCUGGGGACCAGUCCAGUCCUACACACAGCAACACAUUCAGCGAUGGCACCACCCAAAUCGACUUUGUUUUGGUGUGGGAGGAGCACCGGACACAGCUAACAGAUGGACUGGCAGACAGGAAGAGUCCCCAAAUCUCAGACUCCAGUGGCCAAUCACGCGAGAAUUUCCUGUCUAGACUACAGGCAUCAGGGAUUCUUCAAGAGAAGAGGGUCGUGGACCAGGAGCAGAAACAAAUCACCUAUUUGCUUCUCAGCGCCCCCUGGAGUGUCUUAUGUUAUUAUGCAGAGGAAAUAAGCCUUAGGGUGCCUCUAGAGGAAGUCUCACACACAAGCCUGCACGGAUCAGAGAAGAUUUUAAAGAAGCUGUCUAUCCCAAAUAUCAUGAUCGAGGACGUUCCCAGCCCGCCACGACACUUCUACACCUGUCAGUUUCGCACCAACAAGCUCGAGAGGUUUCUGGGGAGUGACAACAAAGAGACCUUCUUCAAGACAACCCAGAGACACCAGAUUCUGUAUGAGAUUCUGGCCCGGACCCCAUAUGGGUUGAUAAAUCGAGGUGAAGUGGGGGUCGACAGGUUGGUCAGCGAGAAGGUCUUUACUGCUGCAUACCCCCUGCAUGAGGGUCCAUUUCAGGUGGCAGGAGAACCAAUGGUGCCGAAGUCCCUGGGCCUGAGGCAGAUUCUGUACCAACACUGGGCCCGCUGGGCUUGCUGGAGACGCUAUCAGCCCCUGGACCAUGUCCGCGAGUAUUUUGGAGAGAAGAUUGCUCUCUACUUCGCCUGGUUAGGAUUCUACACGACUUGGCUGCUGCCUGCUGCUGUUGUGGGAUUAGUCAUCUUCCUGUUUGGGAUCUGGCUGAUGAGCGUAGAUGUGCCAGUAAUGGAGGUCUGCAGCAGUGGGGAUACCUAUGUUAUGUGUCCACUUUGCAACAUCUGCUCCCAAUGGAACCUGUCCAGCAUCUGUGUCACCUUCAAGUUGGGCAUACUCUUUGACCAUGGCGGCACGGUGUUCUUCAGCAUCUUCAUGUCCCUGUGGGCCAUCACCUUCCUGGAGUACUGGAAACGCACCAGCGCAGUGUUGGCCCAUCGCUGGGACUGCUCUGAGUUUGAGGAGAUUGAGGAACGCCCAAGGCCAGAAUUCACCGCUAUGGCGCCCAUGACCAUACGCAAUCCUAUUACAGGCGCUGAGGAGCCCUACUUUCCAGAGAGGCGCCGGUUCAACCGAACAAUAACGAGCUGCAUGGUCAUUAUUGUCAUGCUGGCUAUAGUUCUGAUUUUCCUGAUGGCCAUAAUCCUGUACAGGACCAUAGUCAGCAUCAUCAUCUAUGGGUCUAGAAGUCCUUUCUUCAUCUUUGCUGCCGGGAGGAUAGCGAGUCUCACUGGUUCUGUGCUCAACUUGGCAGUGAUCCUGCUAUUAUCCAGGCUCUACACUUACCUGGCCCAUGUUCUGACUCGUUGGGAGAUGCACCGCACUCAGACUGAGUAUGAGGAUGCAUUCAUUCUGAAGGUCUUCAUUUUCCAGUUUGUCAACUUCUAUUCUUCACCCAUCUACAUUGCUUUUUUCAAGGGCAGGUUUGUGGGUUAUCCUGGCAACUAUUACACUUUCCUGGGAUUUCGUAAUGAAGAUUGCGGUGCAGGAGGCUGCCUUAUUGAGCUGGCCCAGGAGUUGUUGGUUAUAAUGGUGGGCAAGCAGGUUAUCAACAAUAUCCAGGAGUUUCUUUUUCCAAAGCUGCAGACCUGGUGGCAAAACCGGAAGCUCCGUCACAAUGGAGAAAAUGACAAGGAUAUGGAGGGCAAGAGGAGUCUGAAUAAAGAAAUAGCUACACCCUGGGAAAAAGACUACCAGCUAUUGGUGUGCGAAGGAUUGUUCGCUGAGUAUCUGGAGAUGGUGCUUCAAUUUGGCUUCAUCACCAUAUUUGUGGCCGCAUGUCCUCUGGCUCCCCUCUUUGCACUGCUCAACAACUGGGUGGAGGUGCGUCUGGAUGCGCAGAAGUUUGUGUGUGAAUACCGGCGGCCGGUUGUGGAGCGUGCCCAGGACAUCGGGAUCUGGUUCACCAUCCUGCACGUCAUCUGCCACCUGGCAGUCAUCAGCAAUGCCUUCCUUAUCGCUUUCACAUCCGACUUCCUGCCACGCCUGUACUACAGAUACACCAAUGAUGGGAGCUUAGAGGGCUACAUCAACUCCACUCUGGCUAUAGCUCCACUGAGCUACACCCAGAACCAAACUCUGUGCAGGUACCGAGGCUACAGGGACUCCCAAGGACAUUUCCUGCCUGAAUACUUCCACCUUUUGGCCAUACGUCUGGGUUUUGUCAUCAUUUUUGAACAUGUUGUAUUCUUUGUUGCCCGUCUGAUCGACAUGAUGGUUCCAGACAUUCCAGAGGAGGUGGAGGUCAAAAUAAAAAGGGAGCACUACAUGGCCAAAGAGGCGCUGGCUGAGAACCAGUCCCUGGGCAAGAAAUUAGUCUCAGAGGAGAUGCAAGAACUAGUGCAGACCUUGAGGCACCGAUGUAGGGACUAUGAGCCCUCCACAGCCACGCUGCCUUCUGCUUCCGAAGAUCAUGGCCGACCUUCUAUCUGACUUCUAACCCCAGGUUCUGAAUCGAUCAAUAUAUAUUUGGACUUCAAAGAAGAUCCCUUCAGAGUCAAAUCAAAGGUCACUUUCUGCGGAUAUGCAAACGAAACGUUUUUCAGGAUCUGCCAAAAAAGGACCCCCAGCCCCCCAGCUGGGGCAUGUUUAUUCUGUGAUGGGACCUCACUGGCUUAACAGCACCCCCUAGAAUAAUAACACAGCUAAGCCUUGUUACGAUUUGUUGGGUCCUGUUUACAUUUUGGCUGAUGGUAUCUUCCCACACACCCUGUCCAGGUUUACAUCAAGCCUGAAUUUUUGAUGUAAGGUUUACAUCAGACCUGAGAAGAAUGUUAGUUUGAACUAAGGGCACUUAAUCUUAAAAAGUAAUACUGAUAAUCUAAUAUGCACACCAAAUUAUAAUAUGUAUUAAUCUGCCUUUGCUUCUGUCUUAGUUACUUUGUACCCAUAGCACAAAAAUUCUUCAUUACAUGUUAAAGUUUUCCAUCCAUUUUUCACCAACAUGAGCUCUGUCUGCCUGUGGUCUUGUGUUCGCUUUGGUACCUGGUUGCAGAUUUAAAUCAGUGCUCGAUUAGGCCCAUGCUUCAUCCAAAUUCUGGGACUCAUCCCCAGUUUUCAUCUGGACCUCUCACCUUGGGACUGUAGGUGAAGGAAGACAGGUUUUCAUCAUUAGAUAAGGACGAGGGCACAGUACCGCAGGCUCAUCACUUGAGGCCCAUUAUUAUAGGAAUAUUAUAGACAAGUUAAUUGACUUUGUCAUUUCAGUAGUUUAGGCUACACCCAUACAGCAAUGAUAAAUGUAUUUUUAAAAAUCAGUUAUGGUUAAAUUAUUAUUCACUUACAUCUACUCAUAUGCCAAGAAUGUGCAUUUGUAUGAGCUUCUACAGAUUUUUUUUUAAAUUGUUAAUAAGCCAAUAAACUGCUCCUCACGUUUGA